GUCCAUGACUGUGACUGUGGUAUUACAUAAAAAGGAAAGGUUGGUGAUUCUUUUACUUUAGACAUAAAGAAGUCUAAACGAGAUAGUAAAUUAGUAAAGAAAUACAGCAAAAUGAAAAUUGAAAGGAGACACUUCGAGGUUGCCACAAAAAUGUUGCCAAGUGCUGCUACUUAUGGAGGGGCUGCUGGUUUAGCUGUCCUGUAUUUCACUGAUUGGAAAGUAGUAGUUAGGUAUAUACCUUUUUAUGGAAGCAAAUUUCAACAAUAAAAUACAGGACAUACCAUUUAUUGUAAGAUGUUAAUAAAUUAUAGCAUUACAUAAUUA